CUGGUCCGCCCCCCUGGUCAGGCCUCUACAGAAGCCUCAGUCAUUUCUAGGACAUCAAUAACUUUCACAACAACCGAAGCCCUCAAACUGAACAAUUAUUCUAGUUUGGACAUAUCUAUUUCUGGCGGAUUAAAUGACAAAUCAAAAGUCUUAAUUCUACUCGUAUAAAGGAGCGGUUUCGGUUUGUAUACAUUUUACGCAUUCAUAAUAACCAGAAACGACAACUUCCCUGAAUAUGUCAACUAGUUUAGACCUGUGGAAUAUUCCCCUGAGAGCGCUGAAUAUCAACGUGAGAAAAAGAUUGGGACUGUUUUUAAAUCCGCGAAACACUGUGGCAUCAGACUGGAUGUCUGUCGCAGAAAACAUGGGUUUCUCUUAUUUAGAGAUCAAGAAUUACGAGGAUUGCCAAGAUCCAACACGGAAGAUUCUAGAGGACUGGCAAUCGCGUUGUCCCGGAGCCAAAGUUGGAAAGUUAGUUUCAAUUCUGGAAAACGUGGACCGAAAAGACGUUGUGGAGGAUCUCCGAGAUCUCAUUGAGGAGGACUGUAAGAAGUACAUAGAGAAACAGAAUGAGCCCCCAGUCCAGGUUCCCGAGGUGGACAGCUGUGUCCCCAGAACCCCAGAGAGACAAGGCAUCACCCUGCAGGAUGACCCAGAAGGGGGUAUACCGGAGCUGUUUGAUGCCUUUAUCUGCUACUGUCAGAGUGACUUUGACUUUGUUCAUGAGAUGAUCCAGCAGUUGGAGCAGACGGACCACAAGUUGAAGCUGUGUGUGUUUGACCGGGACGUCCUGCCUGGAUCAUGUGUCUGGACUAUCACCGGCGAACUCAUCGAGAAAAGGUGUAAGCGGAUGGUGGUGGUGAUAUCUGAUGAGUACCUGGACAGUGAUGCCUGUGACUUCCAGACAAAGUUUGCCCUCAGUCUCUGUCCUGGUGCCCGAAGCAAGCGGCUGAUCCCUGUGAUGUAUAGGUCUAUGAAGAAACCUUUCCCCAGUAUCCUGAGGUUCCUGACGGUGUGUGACUACACACGACCCUGUACACAGUCCUGGUUCUGGGUCCGGCUGGCCAGGGCCCUCUCCCUGCCCUGAAUGAAUGGUACAGACUUACAGCAACCAAUCAUCACAGGGGUUCUGCCCCUCUACAUCGGGAACAGGCGGAGUACAUGUCAGCUCGGUGGUACUGUUACUUUACUGGGGACCGCUGAUCGCCUCGGUUUAGUUAACAUAUUUUAUAUUCAUUUAUAUUUUAUAUUCAUUCAUGUCUUAGUUAGAACAGUUUGUGUAUUGUACGUACUACUUUGAACACAUAAGAUGAGACUUGUAGUAGUUUUCUGAAACCACAGAUGGAGUUCCUGGGGUAUUCUCCUCUUUUUGUCCUCAUCACUGAGAGCCUGAUGGCUGGUUCACUCAUUACCGAUUAUAUUUGGGUUUAAUAUGAGAUUUCAUUCCAUCGAAAACGUUUUAUAUGUUUUCAAUAUGAUAUUUUAUUCUGAGCCCCAUCGCUCAUAUGGACCAAAUAUCAACCUGAAGGAAUAAAUGCUGGGUUUUUUUAUAUUGCAAUUUUUUCACCUGUUAAGAAUAUUGUAUAGAUCAGAUAUCUGCAUGGUUGGCAACACAUUUUACAAUUAUUUAGCUAAUUGUUUAUCUGACGGGUCAGCUCUUUAGUUUUCAUAUCCUCCUUCCUCCUGUCAUGGCGGCCAUGUCUCCUCAGAUGAGAGAUAUCAGCCUGUGACUUCCUCCUGUCAUGGCGGCCAUAUUGUCUCCUCAGAUGAGAGAUAUUAGUCUGUCAUGACGGCCAUGUUGUCUCCUCAGAUGAGAGAUAUCAGCCUGUGACUUCCUCCUGUCAUGGCGGCCAUAUUGUCUCCUCAGAUGAGAGAUAUUAGCCUGUCAUGACGGCCAUGUUGUCUCCUCAGAUGAGAGAUAUCAGCCUGCGACUUCCUCCUGUCAUGGCGGCCAUGUUGUCUCCUCAGAUGAGAGAUUGCAGCCUGCGACUUCCUCCUGUCAUGACGGCCAUGUUGUCUCCUCAGCCUGUGACACCCUGUUUCAGUACAGAGCAGAGAGACUGUCACCUGGCACAUUCACCACACUUUAUAAAGCUGUAUAUAUCCACCAAUACUGUAAAAACAAUGUAAAGAAAUGGGAGAAGGACAGCAAGUGAUAAGGGACUUUGUCAGCGAUGUAACUGGGCAUUUCCAAAUGUAUCCUGUGACUGUUUCUCUGGUAACUACUGGAAGUAUAUUUUGUGUUUCUUUAUUUCAUCUGCUCUGUUUUUCUAUUAAAAAACAUCUUUAUUAAGCUUC